AUGAAGGAGAAACGGCUAGUGGUUCGUGAUGGCGGGGAUUUGGUGAGUGGUUUGGUGAAGGAGAAAUGGGUGGCUCCAAUUGAAGGUGGCGGUGGUCGCACGGUGGCCGAAGUUGAGGGUGAAGGAGAAGGCUCAUGGAGGUGGCAAGGUGCGAAUGCGUGCGUGAGUUAUGGUGGGUUUGGGGGUGAUGGCUGUCACGAUGAGCGCAAUGGUGGAGGCAAGAAGUGUUGA